CGGUUAUGCCUAAAGCAAAGCCGGUUAAAAGUGCUCGGCCACCUGGGCGCAAACAAGGCAGCAACAAUCAGAAGGAAGGCAAAGAUGUGAAGCUAACAAAAGACGAAAAGGCAGUCGUCAAGUUCCUAUUUGACAACGUCGAAAAUAAAAAAGCGAACAUGUACGGCAACAAUAAGCUCUACUUCGCUGGGGCAAAAGCAGUAACAUGUUUGAUGGAGUCCAAAUUCGCCCAAGGCAAAUAUGGAGAGACGUUGUUCAACAAUCGGAAAAUGGCCAUCGAGUUUUGCCAAAACUUACUCAACAAAAAUUCAUUCCACCGCGUUAUCAAAAUAGUCAAAAAACAGAAGCCAAGAGUUAAAGAAACUAGUAAGGACGAAAGCAGCAAAAGCAAGUCAUCCAAAAAGAGCUCUAGCAAACCAGGAGAAAACGAAGAAAAGGAAGAGAAAGCAACAGCUGGACCAGGGGGUGACCAGGAUUCGAACUCGGGACCUCAGAAAAGAAAGAUCAAGAAAGUGGAACCAGAAGUGUCUGACAAGAAGAAAGAAAAUAAAGAAGAAAAAGAAAAUAAAGACAGCAAUAGUAAAUCAAGUGUUAAAAAGGACGAUAAUGAGUCGUCUUCUGAAUCUAAACCAAAGAAAAAGAUCAAAGGAAAAGUCCAUCUCGAUUUGAAUCCGAACCAAACAUUCUACGACGAUCCCAAGUGCUACUACGUAUGGGUGUACGAGUCGCAAUCGAUCUGGAAGAGUCUGAUUGGCGGAGGCCUCAUCAUCGGCUCCAUCGCAAUCUGUCUGUUCCCUCUCUGGCCAGAAUGGCUACGCUACUCGUCCUGGUACGCCACCAGCUCCGUGGCCAUGCUUCUACUCGGCAUCCUCAUAGCUCUGGCUCUAGUGCGGCUGAUGGUCUAUGGAGUGGUGUUUGUGUACACAAAGUCAAAGUGUCGAUUCUGGCUGUUGCCGAACUUGUUUGCCGAAGUCGGGUUCUUCGAGUCGUUUGUGCCAUAUUACGAGAGCAAGUGGAUAAAGUCGGGGGAUAAAAAGAAGGAUAAAAAAGACAAGGCGAAGAAUUCAUCGGACGAGGAACGAGAUGAAGAGGAAAGUGUGCAUGGAGGCGAGGAUGAAAAUCAGGACAACAAAGAAAAUGAAGAUUUGUCGUCGGAUGAAAACAAAUCGGAUGCCAAUGACUCAAACUUAGUUGGCAAUGAACACUUGCCAAAUAAUGACGCGACUCCUGAAGAGAAUGAAAACAACGCCAAUGAGAACGAAGAAGAAAAUUCGUCCACUAACUCGGUUAACGAGAACGAUUUUGAGGUGCUAGAUGCGCAAUCCUAGCAUUCGCUAUGCUUCCAUGUCAAUUUUUAAAUCCUAAACCAAUGAAUUACACUAAAAAUGGCCACCGCGUCACAUGUUGUAGAAGAAAAAACUAUGUUAAUAAAGCUUUUAUAAAUUCACUCUAAAAUUAUUGAAUUGCUACAUGUUUUAACGUUGUCAGGCGGGUUAGCUUGGUUAGUGUUUUCCAUUAUUGUGCUGUCUUACUUGCGGGUGGUUGUAAUUUUUCCUCUAAUUUAA